GUACGCCUGUUCCCGAGCCCCAGCAUUCCCUCCCUUCCCUCCCAUGCCCAAUGUGCUGCAGAUGUCCUGCAGACGCAGUACGUACGGACGUAUUCGUCCCUUUCACACCUUGCAUAUAUAAUCAACUGAUUUCAUAUAAGGCGAAGACAGUAAACUUUAGUGCAUUACACGCGAUUGUAUGCCACACUCUUGAUGACUACGUUCGUAGAUAACUCAAACACGUCAUGUGGAAAUACGGCAGUUUCGGACGCAAAGCUCGUCCACGAAGUAGAAAAACAUCCCGCACUGUACAAUCCACAAAGAAGAGGUUACAAAGACAGUGCUACAAUGGACAGAUCAUGGCUGCUGAUUGCAAAUGAACUGGGCAUGAAACCUCUUGAUGCGAAAAACAGGUGGCGAUGCUUACGUGACAAGUUUGUAAGAGAAAAGAAACGUUUAGUACUGGAUGGUGAAGCCUCAUACAGAUCCAGAGAUCCAUGGCCUCUGUUAGAUGAUAUGUCCUUCUUGUGGGAUUUCAUAAAUCACAGAAAAGAUGUGUACACCAGAAAGAUGAGUGCAAAAGUCAGGGCUGAAUAUAUUCAACAAACUAUGCAGCCAAUCGUACCACAUCCAUCUCCAGAACGGGUAAAUGUGGCAAUUGAAACGCCUGAAGCAUCCCCUUCCCAUGCACUUCAUCCAACAACCAACAGUGAAACACCUAAAUAUUUUGCAAGUGGGAUGGAUAUUGAAACCACAAGAAUUAAACAAGACCCAGAUGAUGGAAAUGGUGGUUAUAGUGAUGAUGGCCCUCCCACCUCUCGAUUGAAAAGUUUAUUAGAUCAGACCACGCAACAGGAUGAAUCCAGCGAGGAUACACAACAUUGCAGCCUUCGUGCUGAUCCUCCAGAACCUCAAAACCAGAGUCCAGAUGAAGAUGAAUUAUUUUGCCUCAGUGUGGCUGCAUCAUUAAGAAGGUUCAGUCCACAAAAGAAAGCUCUAGCAAAACUACGUAUUCAACAAGUCAUGUAUGAUGUAGAGUUUCUCAACCAAGUGCCUACAAAUGCAACAACUGUCCAACAGUGUUACAGUAAUGACACCACCUCUGUGCAAAAUUUGUAGACUGAUAUUUUAAUAACAAGUUUCCAUUUACAUUUAUGCACUUUUCAUUUUGCUAUUUAAAUACAAUAGAGAAGUUCUCUAUAGCGCUGAAGAUAAAGGUAAAGGUGUCCCUGUGCUUACUAAUUAAGCACUAUGCCAUGAAGACAUGUCAGGGAGUUAAUGUACAGAUCCACAUUUUUCAUGACCUCAGCACUAGUUGGAGGUGAGUGGUGUCAUGCCCCCGACCUCUAUACCCCGGUGAAAGAGCCCCCAGUACCCACUGGAUAGGAGGCUGAGUGGACCCCAGAGCCGUUCUCGAUGAUGUG